AUGCGGGGACGCGUCUGGUGGCCGCUGCCUCUGCUGCUGCUGCUGCCGCCGCCUCUUCGGGGCGGCCCCCCGGAGCCGGAGUCCGAGCCCGGGCCUCUAACGCCCUUCGAUGUGCUCUAUGCCAGCGGCGUGGCCGCCUACUACCGCGGGGACCCCGGGCGAGCCGUGCGGGACCUGGAGGCGGCGCUGCGCAGCCACCGGCGCCUGCGGGACACCCGCGUGCGCUGCGCCCGCCACUGCGCCGUCCGCCACCCGCUCGCGCCCUUCGGAGUCGGUCCCGGCCCCGGGUCCGAGCUGUCCUGGGUCCGCUCCCUGCUGGAGCGGGCGCGCUGCCUCCGCCUCUGCGAGACCCAGCGCCUCGGGGGCCCCGCGUCCAGGCACCGCGCCAGCGAGGAUGUGCGCAGCGACUUCCAGCGCCGAGUGCCUUACAACUACCUGCAGCGGGCCUACGUCAAGCUUAACCAACUGGAAAAGGCUAUGGAAGCAGCUCACACUUUCUUCAUGGCCAACCCUGAGCACAUGGAAAUGCAACAAAACAUUGAGAACUACAGGAUAAUGGCAGGUGUUGAAGCAUCCCAGUUGGUAGAUAGAGAAGCCAAACCACACCUGGAAAAUUACAAUGCAGGAGUAAAGCAUUAUGAGAAUGAUGACUUUGAACUGGCUAUCAAGCACUUUGAAAAAGCAUUAAGAGAAUAUUUCAAAGAAGAUAUGGAGUGCAGAGCCCUAUGUGAGGGACCUCAGAGAUUUGAAGAAUAUGAAUACUUAGAAUAUAAAGCUGGUCUCUAUGAAGCCAUUGCAGAUCAUUACUUGCAGGUACUGGUUUGCCAACAUGAAUGUGUGAGGGAACUUGCCACCCGCCCUGGCCGCCUCUCACCAAUUGAGAACUUUCUUCCCCUGCAUUAUGACUACCUACAAUUUUCCUACUAUCGAGUUGGUGAAUAUGUGAAAGCCUUGGAAUGUGCCAAGGCUUAUCUUCUGCUUCAUCCAGAUGAUGAGGAUGUCCUAGAUAAUGUGGAUUACUAUGAAAGUUUGUUGGAUGACAGCAUAGACCCAGCAAUGAUUGAGGCUAGAGAGGAUUUGGCAAUGUUUGUGAAGCGCCAUAAGUUGGAGUCGGAUCUAAUAAAAUCAGCUACAACGAAUCUAGGAUUUUCAUACUCUGAACCGAAUUACUGGGUCCGAUAUGGAGGACGACAGGAUGAGAACCGGGUCAUUUCAGGAGUGAACACAGAGGGGUCAGAAGUUCAUGGACUGUCAAUGGGGAAAAAAACAUCACCCAAGAUAGAUAGAGACCUAAAAGAAGGGGGCCCUCUGCUCUAUGAGAACAUCACGUUUGUCUUUAACUCUGAGCAACUGAAUGGAACUCAGCGGGUUCUCCUGGACAAUGUCCUGUCUGAAGAACAGUGCAGGGAGCUCCAUAGCGUGGCCAGUGGAAUCAUGCAUGUGGGUGAUGGAUAUAGAGGGAAAACUUCACCCCAUACACCCAAUGAAAAAUUUGAAGGAGCAACUGUCCUGAAAGCACUCAAAUUUGGUUAUGAAGGAAGAGUUCCAUUGAAGAGUGCACGUCUGUUUUAUGAUAUCAGCGAGAAGGCUCGAAAGAUUGUAGAAUCCUAUUUCAUGCUAAACUCAACUCUGUAUUUUUCCUAUACUCACAUGGUGUGCCGGACAGCCCUGUUUGGUCAACAGGAUAGAAGAAAUGACCUUAGCCAUCCCAUCCAUGCUGACAACUGCCUAUUGGAUCCAGAAGCCAAUGAAUGCUGGAAAGAGCCCCCUGCUUACACAUUCCGGGACUAUAGUGCUCUCCUUUAUAUGAACGAUGACUUUGAAGGAGGAGAAUUUAUAUUCACUGAGAUGGACGCCAAGACUGUCACUGCCUCUAUAAAACCAAAGUGUGGCCGUAUGAUCAGUUUCUCAUCUGGAGGUGAGAACCCUCACGGAGUGAAGGCAGUCACCAAGGGCCAGAGGUGUGCGGUGGCCCUGUGGUUUACCUUGGAUCCAUUAUACAGAGAAUUGGAGCGAAUAAAGGCCGAUGAAGUGAUCGCAAUCCUGGAUCAAGAGCAGCAAGGAAAGCAUGACCUGAAUAUCAACCCCAGAGAUGAGCUAUGAAAAUGAGGGGGAAAAAGUUCUAUCAGAUAUUUAUUUAAAUUGUUAAACUUAUAAGAACCUUUUUAUUUUUGUACAGAGCCC